UCAAAACCUAGUACAAAAAUUCAACAAUCUCUUUGCCAAAGGAAAAGAAAUAUUCCUUCAAAUUGAUUCAACAUAUCCAUGGUACGAUGAAAUUACUCUGGAUUUAACUAUAAAACCACAAUAUCUCAUCAAAAUAGGGAUAUCAAACAAGACAUAUCCAACUAUGUCGAAAGAGAAAAAUGAAUGGCACCCAGCCAGUUACAUUGCACAGAUGAAACACUUCAGACAAAAGGUUACCAGGUUAACCCAGCAAACAAACUACAGGGUUGUUUACGACGAUCCAUCAACAGUCGUUUACAGCGAUUCCAGAAAGCCAGCCAAGGAGAAAGAUUUACAGGCUGUUAAAAAUCUUGAAGAAAGAGUUGACCAGCUAAAGGAAGACUACACAAAACUACCCAUGGUAAUUAGAGAAGAACUGUGUAGAAAUUUUACACAAAGUUACAAAGGACACGUGUGUGAAAUCUGUCCGCCAAAAUCGUCGGCACAAAACGACAAAGAAGCACUCAGUGAAAAACAACACAUCACAAUGUAGUGGCAGACAAAGAAAAGCAGCCACCCACUAUGUAGGGUCGGAUAAGACUGCCUUAUCACUAAGGCAUCUACUUUAUGUAAAUUAUUGUUUGUCCGUUUUCUUUAGUGCGUUUUUCUUUUGCUUUAAUAGCUGUCACGGAUAGGGACAUGUGAACCACUUGUGAGUCCUACUCCGCUAUAAAUAAGAGCCUUGAUGCUCGUUUGUAAUCAGAAUGAAAUUAAGUUUGAAUGAAGUUUUUCAUUUCUCCUAAAAUCUUAGAAUUUUAGUGUUGAUAGUUGAGGUAAUACUCUGGAGCUAUCAGAACGUUGAGGUAAUACUCUGGAGCGUUCACAAAUCAAAAUUCGAAAGAAUCAUAGACGGUCGUAGUGGACUGAUAACAAAGACGAAAGUCAUCAAUUCAAAAUCAAAUUCAAGAAUAUCAAAUCAGGUAUAAACAUGUUUAUGUUAAAUUUAUUUAACAUCUUUCAAUACUAUAGAAUAUCAAAGUUCUGUUUAAAUAAUGUUCAAAUACAUGUUAAAAUAUUUCAAAGAUCAAUAUGACUGAAGUAUCAUAUUUCGAAGAAACAUCUAGCUAUCACACAGAUGCUAUCUGUAAUAAUAAAAUAGAAAGUGCAGAAUUAUCUUUAACUGCAGAAGAAAAUUUCAAAAGAAAAUAUAACAUGUUCAAAAAUAUUUUCUCAAGAAAAAAUAUUCUGAAAUUUGGAAUAAUGACAGGAGAAGAAGCAAUUCCCAUUGAUUCUACUCAUGGAAAUAUAGUUAUAUCUACUAUAGAUACAACUCAACUUAAAGAAAGAAUUAAAACCUUUUCAGAAAAUGAAAGAUCUAAAAUUGGUUAUAUUCAUAUAUCAACCAUUCAGAUUUUAAUUAAAAGUACUUUUAUGAAAGGUAUUAAUUCACCUCUAGAAAUAGCUUUAAAAGACUCUAGAAUUCUAGACACAGAUCAAGCAACAAUUGCAAAAGGAAAUUGCAAUCUAAAAUAUGGUAAAAUCAAAUUUGAUAUAAAUUUACAAAUUGGUUUAUCCCUAAAAGAUAAGGAUCUUGAUAGAUCUAUAGUUUUUCAUUAUAAAAUGAAAAACAAAAAUUUUAUGAAAAAAGGUAAUCACCCCUUUACCAUUUACUAUAGAAUUAACUAUGCCUUGAGUAAUUCACAUCAUAGUAUAGAAUUCAAAGGAAAAGACACAAUUCAUAUUGACGAAUUGUUUGCACCUAUAGUGACUCUAAAGUCACCUAUAUUCAGAAGCCUAGCAAGGAAUAGUUGUUCUUUAAUAGAAGCUGACAGAGAUCUGUUUGAGGAAACAGAAGACAAAUCGUUAUUUAGAAGCAAAAGCCUUAGAAUAACACCACCCAAAAGAGAUUUUUAUAUCUCAGAACAAAAAGAGCUAAGUAAGCUACAUAGUUCAAUAGAAGGACUAUCCUUACAAGUCCAAAAUUUAGAUAGAAAAAUCUAAGAGAUGCCUGGAGCAACUUGGGCAUACAUUUUAGAAUUAGAGUUAAGAGAAUACCAAAAAACUCUAAAAAUGAUUCUAGAAAGAGACCCCACACAUAUCUACGGAUUCUAUGAUGUGGUUAAGUAUAAUAUAGAGCGCCUUGAAGGCACUAUAGAAUGGGCAUCACAAACCCAAACAUAUGAUGAAGACGACAUUAGAAGUUUUCAAAAAUGUCUCCAAAGAGACUUAAAUCUCUCAAGGAUUCAAAAGACCCUCGAAAGAUUACCUUCCGCAAAUGCAGCUACCUAGCAAGAAAAAUCUGGUAUCAGAGCAUAACAUCCAUCCAAGGUUUAAAAAUAAAAAGAAAAAUCUUUUUAAAAACAGUUUGGUCAAGAACCGAUUUAAAAGAAAAUCUUUUAAAAACGGUUUUGUCAAGAACCAAUUUAAAAGAACAACAUUUGCUGAAAGUUACUUAACUUUCCCGCCACAAAGUCAGAGAAAAGCAAUCCCAUUGGAUAGUGCAUUGUUUUAUAUAAAUAUCAAUAUCAAUAUGGAACUUUAUUUAAUGAGAAAUGGCAACUUCUUGGAGAAUAUUCCUUUAUCCUUUUUAUUACAACAAUAUAAUCUGAUGCCAACACAUCAGCCAGGGUAAAAAAAACCUUAAA